AGAAAUCUGCUCCCACUUCUCUGCCUCCCCUUAGUUCCCAGCACAGCGCUAGCCGCCCCAAACAUUUGCUGAACCGGGUCGAAACUCGGGUCUCGCGCCCUGACUGUCCAGCAGAGGCCGCCCUGGGCCGCGACUCCCGGGACACGAGGGCUGGGAGAGGAAAGGCCAGGGGUGGCCUUGUCAUCUCCGCGGGACCCGGGUGGGAGGGGUUUGGCGGCAGCAGUCGCGGCGGCGGAGGCGGCCCGGGCGGCUGGGAUGGAGCAGAAGCGCGCCGGGCGCCGGAGUACAAGCAGCUGACGGAGCCGCGCGGCGCUCGCCUAGCUUCCCCUACCGCCGCCCGGUCGCCCGGCUCCCACCGCAGCCAGCGGACAGAGGAGGAGCUGCCCGCGCUCUGGGCGCUCGGUCAGUCCCGGCAAACUCUCCCGCUGCCCGCGCCGGGUUCGGCACCAAGCACCAGGGUACCAUGGUCUACAAGACUCUCUUCGCUCUCUGCAUCUUCACAGCAGGACUGAGGCUACAGAGCGCGUCUGAAUCAGCCCUCUCGCCUGUUUCUCUUCCGGCAAAGAGCAGCCCACCAACGGCCUUCUCUCCGCAAAGCCCUCCCGCCUCCCCUACCGGUGGAACACCCAGCAGCUCGGUCCUCCCAGAUACAGCAUCGGCCCGGACAUCUCCAUCCGCCAAGAACGUCUCCACAGAGCCCAGAGAAGAGGAACCCACCAGCCCAGCCUCCAACUGGGAGGGCACAGACACAGCCGCCUCACCAACAAGCGGUGGGGUCCACUUAACACCCACGCUCGAGGAACACACUUCAGACACUCCCGAGGCCAGGGUGGCAGCUACAGGGUCGCAGCCCCCCGUUGAGUCUCCCGCACUCACCUCCCCUCAAGCGCCAGCCUCAUCACCUUCACCCCCAUCAACCUCACCACCAGAGGAGGUUCCCUCUGCCCCUGUGAGCACCAACCGUAACUCCGCUGAGGCCAGCACCAAGCCCACAGGAGCUCUAACCACAUCAGAGCCCCCAGCGGAGGAGCACAUCUCUGGCCACGUAGCCACUUCACAUGCCCCUGCCGAGCCAGUGCCCACCGAGACCACGGCCCAAGCAACUGUGCCCCCCAGAGUGACCUGUAUGCUGAUAGACACGGAGACCACCACUGCCCCCCCCGGGGUGAUCAUGCAGGAAGUGGAGCAUGCGCUAAGUUCAGGCAGCAUCGCCGCCAUUACGGUGACAGUCAUUGCUGUGGUGUUGCUGGUGUUCGGAGUUGCAGCCUAUCUAAAGAUCAGGCAUUCCUCCUACGGAAGGCUCUUGGAUGACCACGACUACGGGUCCUGGGGAAACUACAACAAUCCUCUGUACGACGACUCCUAACCAAGGAAGGUGGCCUGAGAUGAGGAGUAACUGUCUUUAUUUAUCAGUGCUUAUCCAGUAGAAUUAAUAACAAGUACCUGAUGUGCAUUGAGCGACCAUCCUAAGCCCUGUUUUGUUGGUUUGGUUGUUUUGUUUUCCUCCCUCUCCUCUGGCUGCUACAACUUCCCCUUUCUGGUACCAAAAAAAAAAAGAAAGAAAGAAAAUUAUUUAAAAGUGAGUGGAGUCUGACAUGCAGCUGACAUGGGCCAAUCCUACGCCGUCCAGGCCGGACGCCACGGUGGAGGUGUCUGUACCCAGCGCAGGUCCCACUGCGAGAAGAAACAGGAAGAGGGAUCAAGUUGUGUCGUCAAGGGUUCCUUUUAGGGGAACUUUCAGUGUGUGGUAUUUCUUAAACUUUUCUUUAGGAGAUUACAUUCAGUCUCAAUGAGGGGAAAGGCGAUGAGUGCUGGGAGGAGUUUGCCCUGCAGGUAAGGAAGCAGGGGUUUCUCAGAUUCCUUUUUAAUCUCAAUUUAUCUGGUUGUGUCCCACAGGACACCUGCUCCGCUCUGCUAGCUGGAUGCCAGUUUCUUAGCUGCCUAAUUAAGGAAAGAGGAACCUAGGAGGUGCCCUGGGGGAGGCCAGCUGGCCGAGGGGCAGAGUAGCAGGCUGCUGUCAGAUCUCAGCCUGCCUGCUACCUGGCCUCCCCUCCAGGACACCUGUCUCUGCUGAGGAUGCCCGUUCUAGUCAACCGCAGCUGGGACCCCAGCCCACAAGCUUUCAGCGGUUCCACAGGAGAAGGCUGUGAGAUGAGUUUAGCUGUAGAAAAGAAAGGGAGAGACGUGUGAAGUGAGUGUGCAAUGGGGGCGUUGAGGAGGGCGGGAGGGAAGGGGCGUGUAACAUACAGUGCGUACCUCAUUAGGGAAGGUAAGAGCUGCCCUCAGUAACUGUCAGAGACAUCCACUGCCUGAAGGAGCCUGUAGACUCCUUGCUUUCUACCCCCAAAGCAACUGAUUCACUGCCUUACUGUCUGUUCGAUAAAGGCUGCAAACUGGUUGUUCUUGUUGUUGUUCUUGUUGCUGUUAAUUUUUUAAAGGCACUAGUUUGUCUGCAGUUGCUCAGUGAGGCUUUUCCGUACAGACACAGUGAUUAAUCCGUUCAUUUUUCCCAAAUGUUUACCUUACUAAUUCUGCUGUUUGAUAAAUGGACACCCCUGGGUACCUAGUUUUCAAAUCCUGCAUCACGAGUUUUGAGAAAGAGCUGAUCAUCUUUGUGGGCAUCCGUUUCCAGCAGUGCUUCUCAGCAGCAGGUAAUUUUGCUUCCCCUCCCCCAUCCAGGGAACAUUUGAAAAUGCCUGGUGAUACUUUCUGAGUGUCACAAUCUGGGGGUGCUACCACUGGGUAGAGGCCAUGGAGGCACUAAACAUCCCACGAUGUACAGAACAGCCUAUCCCAACUAAGAGUUACCUGGCCCCAAAGGUCAAUAGUGCCGAGUGUGAGAAACCCUAAUUUAUUGUGAUGCUCAUUGCGACAAAACAAGACGCCCCAGGUUAGGGAUAGUUUUUACUUUUACCUAAAUGAAACGAUUCGUUCAAUUUUUAUCUCAAAAGUAUUUAGUGUCGGCGGAUGGGUUGUUUUUGCUAUGCAUGGUUGCCUUUUUAUUUCUGUGUGUUUUCUAGAUAGCUGUAUUUCAUGGCUCUAACCCUGUCCUCCUGAAACACCUGUGUAUUAGCAGCCAGCAUUUUAGUCCUGAUUUCAUAGCGUAGAAAAUAUACAUUGGGUUCUGUUUCAGAAUGUGUCAUGGUAUCCUAUGCUAUCAUAAAGAACUUGAAACUGCAUCAUAUUUUAUUUCUAAACUUGGACCUGCUGCCAUGACUCUGUUUAGUUUCCAGAAACUUGACCCUCAACUCCUCCUGUCACUCACUGUGGCCCAGCAAAAGUACUGACAUGAAAACAGCCGCUACCGUGCGGGGCUAAACUUCUCUGGUGGCAGAGACGUUAGGGCCGGUGACACUUUCCAUGAUGUGCCAAUCCCCCGCUCUGAAAGAAAUUGGACAAAGAAAGUGGACAUUCUCAGAAAAAUGGCCAGGAAUGACCAAGGGUACCCCUUCUGACCAUGCUUGGCCUGAGUAAUGAUCCCUCUUUCCUACCCUCACCCCCUUUAUAGGCUUUCAGUUUGGCAAAGGACAAUUCAACAACGACAGGACAUUCCAUAUGUUUUUUUCCUCCCUCGGCCACAGAUGUGUUGACAAAACGUCCAUGAAGCACCUUUGGAGAGGUGGUCUUCUGGGUGUUGCUCAGUCAUAAAUACUGGGUGAGAGGGACCAGCCUCUUCCCAGGGAAUCCUGACUCAGCUAGCAUCUUUCCCUACCAAGGCUGCUGUUGUACAAGAGCGCUUGAUGGGUUGGUUGCUCUUAUUAAUUUCUGGAUCCUUAGGGUAAAGAGAGGGAUCUGGACCUACAGCAGACGCGUUCAGCAAGGCGACAGCUUCCCAUAAACUAACACUCCUUGUUAUGUUAGUGUAAAAUACCGAUGGGUUGAACCUUAUUUUGCCAAGUGCAUUUUUCUGUUUUUGAGUUGGCCAAAAAUGUUAACAACUGCAUUCAACAAAUAUGGCUUAGCACACUCACACUCACACACACACACACACCCUGAAAUAUAUGCCAAUAACUGACGUCCUUUACCUCAGGGAGCGAGUCUGUUCAGGCCUACUUAAGGGAAAUGGUUCCAGUUGGUCUAAAACAACCAUGUACUCUCCAGGGACCGGACUAGUCAUAAUGCAUUAGAGAGAAUGUCAGAGCAGGAGAGAGGCCAGCAGCCUCUUAGGUCACAGAUUGCAAAUGACAGAGUGGGGUUCAAAUUUGUUUUCUUUUACCGUGGCCCCAAUGAAGUCUCCUGCCCUCCCUGGACGUCUGUGUCUUCAUUUCUUAGUCGGGCGUGAUGCUGUCCUAUGGACCUCACCCCAUGCUACCUCACAAAUGUGUUGUGAGGAUUAAUGAAAUCAUGUCUACAGUGUUUUCAAUUUCUGGAGAAAAAUAUUUAUAGACAUUUUAAGUAUUACAUAAAUGUAUACGUGAUCUCAGUUUCUUGUUUGAUGUGUUGUUUUUACUUAAAUCUAUGAAACGACAGCUGUAUAGUAACUAGAUACAGACAGCUGUUACAACUCCAAGCUAACCCCCAGUGCCGCCGCCUGACUCCUGGGACCGUGAAGGAUGGUUUCCAUCCCUGAAUGAAAGGAUGGCCCAGGACAUAGGUCUCACAGACUAUUGAGUUAGGGUAACACAUAUGGAUACCUGAACGCUAACAGCAGUAGACCUGGCCUUUACCAUCCCAAAGUUUUCUGAGUUCUUUGUGGAGUUGAUUUUGGUUUACUGUCAUCUGUUUGCCCUUUAUCUUGCUUGCAAGGGUGCAUGGUUCAAUCCCUUGCAUCUGGGAAAUGAAUUUUGCAAUUGGGCCAGAUGCUAAUUUGCACGUUGAUUCACCUUCUUUGCCUUUUCUCUCUUUUUGGCAAAUGAAUGUACCAUUUCAACUUUGAUUUUAAAGUGCUAGUUGAUAUUGGUAAUAGUGCUAACCAAGAGACCAAUGCCAGAUUGCUUUUUUGGGGUGAGUUAGCCAACGUCAUUUCAAGAUGGAAAAACUUGCAACUUCUUUGAUAUUUGAUCUCAUUGUAUCUACAUUUGUUGUAAGACGUAUUGCAUACUAAUGAUAAUUAUAUCAAUUAAAGUUCUUAAAAGCUU